GGAGAUUUACCCGGUCAAGGUCAUACUUUGUGUUCUUGUUGUGUGUUUUAUAUUACGGGUCGAGUGUGUCCAGGUCAAACCCGGUUAACCCACCCAGCUAUAUUUACACCAUCAUUUUUGGCGCCCACCGUGGGGCCGAUUUUUAAAGUUUUUUCGACCAGGUCAAAACUUUGCCCCCACUAAAUAUCCACAAUCAUGUCUUCGAGCAACUACAACGCUGUGUCAAGUCAGGCUGCGAGUGAAAGCACUCCUGCCAUCCCAUUAAUGAUGUCGAGCAUGGGGACGACCUUUGCUCCGAUCACCACUGUAGGAUCGAUUGGCAUGAUCCCAAUCAUGUCAACCCCUACUCCUACGCCGACGACAACAAUGUUCCCAGGCUCAAUAACAACGCCUGGUGGAGCAUUCACACCAUACCCGUCAGCUUGGGCUCAGUUUACUGCUGACCCGGCAAAUGCUCAGGCUCUACAGGGCUAUCAACAGGUGAUGGCCAUGAUGCAACAGGCAGGGGGCUUCAUGCCAUUUGCCUAUCCUGGCAUGACGCCACCAAUCAUGCCACCACCGGUGUCGACCCCGUUGACAUUUGUCCCUAGGAUGGUCCCUAUACGCCCGAUGAAUCUGACGGGGACCAUGAAUGAAGCAGCGCCCUCAAAUGUCCAUGAAAUCGAUGAGGCGGGGCAGGAGGCAGCCCGCAGGAGGAAGGGUAAGGCUAUAGCCAAACCCAGCAAGACUCGAGAUUCGGCGUUCAAACGCCCAGGGGACAAAGAGGAUGGACCCCGCAAUGAAUCUGAGACGAUUCACCAAGACGAGGAGGAAGCAGAAAGCCAGCCGAGGGUGUCGGCAUAUACCAGGCUCUCAUACGAUGAGGAUGACCUGGACAAGAUAGGGAGCGUAGCAAGGAAACUACGUGCCCUGGAGGAAAUGGUGGAAGAGAAGGCGGGAGCGAAAAAGCACACCUUGGCUAAAUCUCCCUUUUCGGCCUGGGUACAUGCGCAGAGGUUGAGGCGGAAGAUUAAGCUGGACGUGGAGAAAUUCACGGGAAAGGAGGAUCCAAACGUCCACCUUGACACCUUCCACAAUGCAGCACAGAUGGCCGGGUGCACUGAUGCUGAGGAAUUCCUACUCUUCUUCUCAUCCUUGAGAGGGAGGCCAUUAGAAUGGUUUAACGGCCAUCCCCAUGGCAGGAUUGGGUCCUUUGAGAAACUAGCCGAAGUUUUCCGCAAAAAGAGGCCACCCUCCUCUUACCAGGAAGCCUACAAUACGGCAUGGGAGUAUGCCGACGCGGAGGUCUUGAAUAAGAGCAAGCGGGAAUUGGAGGAAGGAUAUACGAAGGCUGUGCUCAAGGAGAUGGCCUUGAAAGGAGAGCUUGGGGAAGGUUACGCGACGGGGAAUAAGAAGGACCCGAAAGCAAACACCUGGACCCGUCAUCAGGGAAAAGACCAGGGAAGGAGAAAAUCCGGGAAGGAUAACAACAAUCCGGAUAAAGAAUUCAUAGAGAUGAUUGUCGGCGGCCCAGAAGGUGGGGAUACUGCCUCCCAGCGGAAGAACUGGGCCAGGAGCUUACACGUAGCGGUGGUUUCCCUGGAAACACAAGGGAAGCACGCAAGGAGGGAACCUAUCACUUUCACUGAUAGGGAUCUUCCCAGGACGGGGGGAGAUCAUAAUGACCCUCUGGUCAUUACAAUGGAUAUCAAUGGAGCUGAUGUGGCCAGGGUCCUGGUUGACACAGGAAGCAGUGUCAAUGUUUUAUACUUGGAUGCUUUCAAGAAAUUGAAGCUUGACAGGUCCAUGUUGAGGCCAUUGCAAACUCCAUUGUCAGGCUUCACUGGAGCUAGCAUAGAAGCGGAAGGUCAGAUAACCUUACCGGUUACCUUGGGGUCAGGUAACAGGACAGUGACCAAACAAAUGAGAUUUGUUCUGGUCGACAUCAAAUGUGUGCAUAAUGCCAUUCUGGGUCGGCCUGGAAUCAACCAGGUCAGGGCUAUUAUUUCCAUGGCACACUUAUGCAUGAAGUUUUACACUCCCAGUGGAAUCGGGGAGGAAAGGGGUGAUCAAAAGAACGCCGGGUCAUGCUACCUGGAAGCAGUCAAGAAGAUGACCCGCCAGUUCGAACAAAUUGAACUCGUCUCCCAGCAGGUAGACAAGAGUGAGGAGAAGGCUAGGAUCAAGCCAGAUGCAAACACGGAAGAGAUCCAGAUUGAUGCCUCCAAGCCUGAAAGGAAGGUCAAAAUUGGGGCUGAUCUUCAGGAAGAGCUAAGGACUGAGAUUGUCCAGGUGUUGACCAGGUAUAAAUCAUUAUUUGCCUGGAGUGUUGCUGAUAUGCCCGGGAUUGACCGUUCAGUCAUUUGCCAUCGUCUCUCUGUUUUUGAGGGUUCUAGGCCUGUAAGACAGAAGAAGAGAUUUUUGGCAAGUGAUAGGAGGGACUUUGUGAAGAAAGAGGUCAAGGACCUACUUGUGGUAGGUCAUAUCAGGGAAGUAAACUACCCUGAGUGGCUGGCCAAUGUUGUCUUGGCCCCGAAGGCCAACACCUUCGAGUGGGAUGAUGAAUGCGCCAGGGCAUUCGAAGAGCUGAAGACAUACCUGACUUCGGAUAUUGUCUUGUCCAAGCCAGAAACAAAGGAGACCCUCUACCUCUACUUAGGGGUUACUCAAAUGGCUGUUAGCUUGGUCUUGAUGAGGGAUGAUGGGGUCCAGAGGCCCAUCUAUUAUGUAAGCAAGGCCUUAAAUGGGGUAGAAAGUAGGUACACUCCUACGGAGAAGGCAGGGUACACACUUUUUAUAACAGCGAAGAAACUCACGUCGUACUUCCAAGCCCAUCCCAUUGUCGUAUUGACCGACCUACCAUUGGGCACAGUCAUGAGGGACUCCACUUCAUUGGGAAGGAUGAUCAAAUGGGCCAUGAUGCUUACCCAAUUCAACAUUGAAUAUCGUCCGAGGAUGGCGAUAAAGGGGCAGACUGUGGCCGACUUUCUUGUGGAGAUGACGGGUCACCAGGAGGAGGAACCGGCAAGGACGAUCACAGAGCCUUGGUGGUCCAUGUCAGUAGAUGGAGCCGCUGGACCGAAAGGUUACGGUGGAGGUGUGGUAUUCAUAACUCCGGAAGGGUUCAAGGUAUAUCAUGCCUUGAUCUUUAACUUCAAACUCACAAAUAAUGAGGCGGAGUAUGAGGCAUUGAUAGGGAGCCUGAGAUUGGCCAAAACCCUACAAAUCACAUGCCUCAGGAUUAAGUCCGAUUCAAGCUUGGUGGUAGGCAACAUAAAUGGCAACAUGGAGGCCAAAGGAGAGAAGAUGCAGAAGUACAGAGAUUUGGCAAGGGCCUUAUUGAAGGACAUGACUGAGUAUGUGAUGGAGCAAAUCCCAAGGGGGGAAAACACCGAUGCUGAUUUGCUAUCAAAAUUGACGCAAGCAGCCCCGGAGCAUGUGUCCAAGCUGGCCAGGAUCGAGACGCUGAAGAAGGCUAGCAUUGAAGGGCUUUCUUUGAGCCUGAUAGAGGAGGAUGAACAGCCCAAUCUAGGCCUGGUGGAGCCGGAUGAUAUUUGGAUGGAUGACCUGGUCAAGUAUUACAUGACCGGGCAAUUUCCUGAGAAUGAAGACAGGGUAAGAAAAGUAAAGUUGAGGGCUCUAAGAUUCCAAAUGCUAGAUGGAAGGCUAUACAAAAGGGCAUUUGGCGGUCCGUUGCUGAGAUGCUUGACCAGGGCAGAGGCAGAAAGAGUGAUCGCCGAAGUUCAUGAGGGUGUCUGUGCAACCCACCAAAUAGGUGCAAGACUUGCCAGGUGUUCUACAAGUUUCCGGGAAGGCCUGCAACCUACUACCAUCCAGUUUCCAAUGUUAUUCCAUUCGCAAGGUUUGGGAUGGACAUCAUUGGGGCCUUCCCUCAAGCUCAAGGGAGAAAAAAGGUUCACCAAAUACUUGGAGGACUUCGGGAUUACUCACAACAAAGCUUCCGUGGCCUACCAGCAAGGGAAUGGCCAGGUGGAGAAUGCGAACCGCACAAUAGUCGAUGGGAUCAAAAAGCGGUUGGGUGAGGCAGGAACGAAUUGGUUAGAGGAGUUGCCACAUAUCAUCUGGGCUUACCGGGUCACUUCAAGAAGGGCCACAUGGGAGACACCUUUUGUCCUUACAUAUGGGUGUGAGGCCAGACUACCCAUCGAAGCUAAAAUAAUGACCUUUCGGGAGAAGAUCUAUAAAGAGAAAGGGAAUGAGGAAAACCAUUUGGCAGAGUUAAACUUGUUGGAAGAGAGGCGGAUGGUCGCUGAGGCUAAAAUGAUGGAAUACCAGCAAGCAGCCAAGGCCUACCAUGAUAACAAGGUAGGGCCUCGUUAUUUCCAAGUGGGUUAUGAGGUCUUGAGACGAAGGGAGGCCAGCAAACUCGGAGACGGGGGAAAACUUGCAAAGAAAUGGGAAGGCCCAUAUAGGGUCACAGCAAUAUUACGCCCUGGGACAUACAAGUUAGAAACAAUGGAAGGUCGAGAGUUGGAAAGGUGCUGGAAUUCCCACCACCUUAGAAAAUUCUACAGAUAGGCCAAAUUGGCAGGGCAUGUAUUUGUAAUACCCCUUCGAUGAUAAAUAAGAGCUUUCUUCGAUACUUGUGUUGCGGGGUCAGUAAUACUAAAAUAAUAUGUCUUGAUGUAAGAGGCAAUGUCAAAAAAAAAAAGAUAAACCCUU